AUACAAGCUUCAGAAGCUUACCUUUGGAAUCUGGAUGCAUCCCUGGGAUGUUUGAGACACGAUGACCUGCAAACAACCUAAACAAAUGACGAAGGCCCAACUGGCCUGUAAUAAUGUAAUCAAUUAACACUGUUUAUUCAGGCCUAUCGUGUUACUGAUGUGUUGUCCACUUUUGUCAAUGUCAUCAAAACACUACCCGAAGAAUUGCAUUUCUUAUGUAUGCAAAACUCAAUGGAUUUACGAGCGGCUUUAUAUGGACCCUGUUUUCUGUCUCUACAUCAGUUUGGGAGCGAGAGUAAUGAAUAGUUGUCAUUGACUCCUGAGUCACACAGUAUACGUCUUGCUGUCAGAUAUUUCAAUUCGUAGCAUCAUGUUAUUAUUACCCAGGCUAUGUGUCUGCGCUGUCUUGCUGUUGCUAUUGGAUCCAGUUGUACUGUUUAGAGUUCCACAACGACUCUUGGCGAGGGAAACGGAGAGAAAAGACACACAUGAGGUUGUUUCAAAGGCAAUCCAGAGACUGCAUGAGCUAUUUGACAUUAGAGAUUUACCACAAAACGCGUUACCUCACAGGAAACCCCCGCAAUUUAUGGUAGAUCUAUUCAAUGCUGUUGCUGACUCGGACGGGAUAACGAAGGAUCCGGGAAUUUUGGAAGGGAAUGUCGUGCGAAGUUUUGAGGAUAAAGUUCAUUCCGAUCAGUCACAUUACUACUUCAACUUAUCCUCAUUUGGAAGAAAAGAAAAAAUGAUUAAAGCUGAAUUUCGGAUUUUUAGACAGAAACAGAGUAUCGUCCCUGGGAAAUCAUUUGGACAUCAUUUCUGCAAAAUUGAUGUUUAUGAGUUACUGGAUAGCGGGAUUAAGCCAUGGAGAGGGAACCUGGUUACAUCAAGAUUAUUACCGCUGUAUACUCAAGGAUGGGAAGUGAUUAAUGUCACUCAAACGGUGUCUAAAUGGAUUAUUGACAGCAGCUCAAAUCACGGAUUCCUUAUUGUCACCACACUGCCUUCGGGAAAUUCGUUGGAAUCCAGAUUUGGAAGAAGUCAAAAGCAUGGGAAACAUGCCUUCCUUGUGCUGUUUUCCGACGAUGGGAGAAGAGGGUCUACAGCUACAAACAUUUCGCCUCUGCUGGGUCAGAAAGCUUUGGCAAAGGAUGAUACCCCUCGGGUUCCUACCCCAAGUGAAAAUGCAGUGCCUUCAGACAACCAGGUAAGCAAAAGCAGAAAAAUCCGAUCUGCUUCUGUGUCUGUUGAAAGGAACCCCAUGUCUUGCCAAAGGCUCCCGCUCUACGUAGACUUUGAGGAGAUUGGUUGGUCUGGAUGGAUCAUUUCACCUAAAGGAUACAAUGCUUAUCAUUGCAAGGGGUCUUGUCCAUUUCCCCUUGGGGAAGGCUUGAGAGCCACCAACCAUGCUACUGUCCAGUCUAUCGUGAAUGCUCUGAAACUCUCACAAGAUGUGGAAAUGCCUUGUUGUGUGCCAGAUAAACUGCACUCCAUUAAUCUUUUGUAUUUUGAUGAUGAAGAAAAUGUAGUUCUUAAACAAUAUGAUGAUAUGGUGGCAGUAAGCUGUGGAUGUCAUUAAUGGAUAUGAAUGAACUAUAUAGUAUCAGCAUAUAUGUUUUCAUCUCAUUUAAACUCCAAUGACAUCAUUUUGUACAAGGGGGAGGGGAUAUACAAAUUCACAUUUUUCAAAGUCAAUAGAAAUCUUUCAUAAUGAUGCAUUAAAAGAUAAAUAAAUAAAUAACAUUUGCAGUUAUUUGUUGUAUUAAAAAUGUGGUUCUUGCUCCAGAUAACUGUUUAAAAUAUGUUGAGGUAUUUUUUUUUAUUAUUUUUGUCCUUAUUUAAAAUGUACAGUUUAUGACUUUAUUUUUGUUAAUAAAAAUGGUCAUGUUUUAAUUAUUUUUUGUUUUGUUUUUAGAAAUGUGUUUAAAAUGUACGACAGCCGAAUCAAUUAAAAAAAAACUUCAAACGUCAUUUUUGUUCAUUUUCAUUUUGUGUUCAUUUUUUAAAUUCUCUUUUGUAGACAAAGUUUUGUUUUUAAAUAUUUCAAAUCUCCAUACUGUAUG